CAUGGCUUGCUCUCUUAUACAACCAUGCCAAAAAGCCAGCAUGCGGUGAGGUUUCUAAUGAAGGUGUGUGUUGGGCUGUGUUUCGAUACAAUAAUUUCAUGGUGUCCCCAAAUGAACACUCACACCAGGUACGACAUGCGUUCUGCUCGCCCGACGGCGUCUUCCUUCCAGCGACCGUGUAUAAAGGCUGCGGGCACGGUCCCUAACCAUCGACUAGACCUACUACACUAGCACCCUAGUUCCCCUGCAACUACUUGCCGAGUACUAUUGGUUACACCAUGCGUCUGUCCUCGCGACGCGUUGGGACUGCCCCAGAUAUGCAUUUCGCCGACCCUAUGACAUCAAGCCCCAAUGCCGUCUCGUUGAUACCGGACAAUCCAUCGACCGUCUUCCCGCAUAAUCCACUAACCCUCGACGAUCUAGGAGGCUUCGGAAGAUCUGGUUCUAUGAUAAUGGGAAACAGCUCCUCAUUUCCAUACGCAUUGCAAAUGUCGAAUCCGAUUGGUCACACUUUGCUUGCUUCCUCACAACACGUUGGGAUCGCCCCAGAUAUGCAUUUCACCGACACUAUGAUACCAAACCCCGAUGCUGUCUCGUGGAUGCCCCUCUCCCCGUAUAUUCCACCAACCCUCGACAAUCUAGGAGGCUUCGGGACAUCUGGUUCUCUGGCAAUGGGAAGCAACCACUCAUAUUCAUACGCAUUGGAAACGUUGAAUCCGAAUGGCCACACUUCGCUUGUGCCAUCGCGACACUUUGGGACUGCCCCUGAAAUGCCUUUCGCCGACCCUAUGAUAUCAAGCCCCAAUGCUGUCUCGUGGACGUCAGACAGUCCAUCGACCGUCUUAUAUUAUCAUGAUGGCUCCCUGUGUAAUCCACCAACCCUGGAUGGUCUAGGAGGCUUCGAGAGAUCUGGUUCGCCGGCAAUGGGAAGCAACUACUCAUCUUCAUACACAUCGCAAACACAGAAUCUGAAUGACCACACUUCAGAUGCCCUGGUUUCCCCGCAAUACACCAUAGCCAACUCAGAUAACCCUGAACCUGAUAUGCUCACAUAUGAUCCCUCAUCGUAUAACGGCUUCCAUCAGUGGCCGAAUUUUUUCACUGCUCAGCUCCCGAGCCAGUCACAGCCACCAGCUAGCCAGACACCUUCGAUCCUCGUUCAAAAACAUACCUCAUAUCCCUUCUUCGUCUGCUAUUGGUUGCGUGGCGAUACCCGCUGCGGAUAUGAAGGAACAGUGGAGCAAUUAAGGCAGCAUUGUCAACGUAGCCAUCUCCGUGAGUGCCGAGAUGCGUGUAUUCAAUGCCGCUGGGAAGGUUGUGAAUAUCACACUCGCGGUGACCCCUCAAUUCAUGUCAUGCGGCGCGACUGCAUGUGGCGUCAUAUCAAUGAGGUCCAUUUGAAUCAUCGGAGAACUACCUAGGCAUCGUGUUACAUCCAUCACCGCUAGCCUCGCCAGCCGCCAACUGUAUUUAUUUUAUGAUGAUUACCUGAUGUAUUUUAUUGUGAUUUAUUUUAUUAUGAUUACUUAUUUCAUG